GCAGUUCACUGCGUUUCCGUAGCCAGUGUGCUACCCGCUGAGCCCUGACCGGGGAAACAGCUCACGGAAACGGUAGAGCCCGACCGAAUAACGCCAGAACUGGCAACACAAAUGGCGGAUUACCACUGAUGUCGGAAAGGACUCUCUCUAUCAAUGUUCGUGACUCGGGGGCUUUUGGAGAGUGCGCUGGCAACACCCUCCGUAACAUGUGAGAUGUCCUCAGAAAGAUAUUAACUGUGCGUUAUUCGGCUAACUAGCUAGCAGCUACCCCCCCCCCCCCCCCCCACCCAGUUUAUGGUCGCGAGCUUGAUCCGCUUUCUCAACGUCUGUGAGUAAAAUGAAGAAGUUUAACAUUAGAAAGGUGCUGGACGGCUUGACAGCGGCUUCCUCCUCCUCCCCCCCUGCCCAGCCGGGGGCUCCCCGGGAGAACGACGUGGUCCAGGAGACUCUCCAGUCGGAGCAUUUCCAGCUUUGCAAGACUGUGCGUCAUGGCUUCCCAUAUCAACCGUCCUCCAUGGCUUUUGACCCCGUGCAGAAAAUCUUGGCCGUCGGGACUCAGACUGGAGCUCUGAGGCUCUUUGGCCGUGCGGGUGUCGAGUGUUACUGUCAGCAUGAGAGCGGCGCGGCUGUCAUCCAGCUGCAGUUCCUGAUCAACGAGGGGGCGCUGGUGAGUGCCUUAGCUGAUGACAGCAUCCACCUGUGGAACCUGAGGCAGAAGAUUCCUGCAAUCCUGCACUCGCUCAAGUUCAACAGGGAGAGAAUCACAUACUGCCACCUGCCCUUCCAGAGCAAAUGGCUGUACAUCGGCACAGAACGAGGAAACAUCCACAUCGUCAACGUGGAGUCCUUCACGCUCUCAGGAUACGUCAUCAUGUGGAACAAAGCCAUCGAACUAUCCACAAAGACCCACCCGGGCCCGGUGGUGCACAUCAGUGAUAACCCGAUGGAUGAAGGGAAGCUCCUGAUUGGAUACGAGUGUGGGGUCGUGGUGUUGUGGGAUUUGAAGUCCAAAAAAGCCGACUGCCGCUACACUUAUGAUGAGGCCAUCCACUCUGUAGCCUGGCACCACGAGGGCAAACAGUUUGUGUGCAGCCAUUCUGACGGCACCCUGACCACUUGGAACAUACGAGCCCAGGCCAAGUCUGCACAGAUCAUCACACCACACGGAAAGCAGCCUAAGGAUGGAAAAAAGCCAGAACCCUGCAAACCCAUCCUGAAGGUGGAGUACAAAACCACACGUGCCGGCGACCCCUUCAUGGUCCUGUCUGGGGGUCUGUCCUACGACACGGUGGGGAGGAGAGCCUGUCUGACGGUGAUGCACGGGAAGAGCACCGCCGUCCUGGAGAUGGACUACCCCAUCGUAGACUUCCUGACGCUGUGUGAGACUCCCUAUCCCAAUGACUUCCAGGAGCCGUACGCUGUGGUGGUGCUCCUGGAGAAGGAUUUAGUUCUAAUAGACCUCGGACAGAUCGGGUACCCGAUCUUUGAGAACCCGUAUCCUCUCACCAUCCACGAGUCUCCGCUCACCUGCUGCGAGUACUUUGUAGACUGUCCUGCAGAACUCAUCCCCGCACUUUACUCUGUCGGCAGCCGGCAGAAGAGACAAGGCUACAGCAAGAGGGAAGGCCCGUCAGCGGAGGAAACUGGGGGCAAGGCACUCAGAGCUACCCAGAGAUCAUCAUCACCGGACAUGCUGAUGGAUCAAUCAAAUUUUGGGACGCUUCUGCAUUGAUGCUUCAAGUGCUGUACAAGCUGAAGACGGCCAAGGUGUUUGAGAGGGCUCGCAGUAAGGAGGACAAGGCCACUACAGAAAUAGUAGAAGAAGACCCGUUUGCCAUCCAGACGU